AUGGGGCUUAAGAAAUGGAUGUCAGUGGUGAAAUCAGAGCGUAAUGGAGUUGUUACAUCUUCGAGAAAACAGGACAGAAAGCGAGCUAAGCAACUCAGGAAGCUGCAGAAAGUCGCUAUUGCUAAACAUCAACCGCUCGAAAAGGUUAUGGUGGACAUUCUUGGCACCAAAAAAAAGGCGAAGAAGAAAAAGAGUACGCGAGUAGAGGAUAUAGGUGAAGCAUGGGAGGACGAAGACCAUUCUUUUUCUGAAGAUGCGCAUACGCGCAAGCACAAUAGGAAAGCAGCAUAUUCGGACUGUGAAUCAGAUUCUGAUGAGGAUUUGACUUAUGAACAGUAUCUCAAAGAAGUUCAGGUAGCCGUGGUAACGUUGCUAUCUUCACGAAAGGACUUUUCCAUUUUUAAGGAUAAGAAGAUGAAAAUUGCUAUGGAAGAAGACGAUGCAGAACAAGAUGAUGUUGACAUUCAUCGUUAUUCGAAACUUCUUGGUAUCACUGAGAAGAAAAAAACUAUGAAACUCAAGUCUUUUGCAAACGAUGGUCUCGAUGAUUUGCUCGAAUUUUGUGAUAGCGACAAUAGAAAGCGAAUCUUAGCUUUUUCAACGGAUCAAGAAAUUAGUUUGACAGGAGGAGAAUUAAGUGGCGAAGAUGAUGACGGUGCUAUGAGCACAGCAAGUACAGAAGUGGAAAUUGAAGAAGAGGUGAUCGUUGCGAAUGAUAAGGAUGAGGCUGACGCUGAUGAAGAGAUUGAAGUAGACAAUGAGGAAAUCGAAAGCGAAGAUGACAGUGAAGAGGAUCUACAGGAGGAUAUAUACGGUCGAACCAUAAAUAGAAGGACUGGUCAAAUAAUUGGAGCAGAUCCGAAGGCUGCCUUGAAGAAGUUAGAAGAUCUUGAUACCAAAAAUGAUGAUAGUGAGUCAAAGAAGGAAAUCGAACGUGUGCUUAUGGGGACAAUUAAUAGGUUAUCGGAGGGUACAUUGGUGAGAAGUUACCACAUAGUUUCCGAUUAUUGGCAAUACCAUUCGAAGAACGAAUUUUUAUCUAUUGCUUAUACAUCGCUUCGAAUACCUCAUCCAGAUGUGAAGUCGUGCUUGACGCAAAUCAUUCUUCGGUUGUUACGAUCUCCCUAUCGACUUCAGGAUCAGCUGCUUUCGUUAUACGCUCUCUUUAUUGCUCACAUGCAUGCAUUCAUCAGUGACGAGAUCUCAGCCAACAAAUUGGAGUCUGCUUUGUUCUCUGGCUUACCCAGGGCGAAAUUUCUUGGAGAGACGCUUUUGGCUCUACAGAAAGCACCGCCUUCCAAUAUUGAUACGUCAAUCACAGAACAUCAUCAGAAGCUCUUCCAAGGCUUGCGAAAAAAAAAUAAAUUGGUGUCGGAACAGGAAUUGGGUAUGUCCCUAGAUGAUAUUCUCCAUGCCGAAGAACGGGGUCGUUGGCACGUAGUUGCAUAUCUUGCACUUUGA